UUCCCAUUAAUUAGUUCUCAUCAAUUGUAAAACAAAAGUGUUCCGAAAUUUUUCAUCACCAUCGACGCUAGCAAGGUAGUCUCCACGGAGAGUGCUGGAUAAAUUGGAAGUUCCAUCAACGAACACCCAAUCAACACAACACAGCGAUUGAAUUCCUUCGAGGCGCCCUUUCGUUGCUCUGCUUUGAUUUAGAGCUCCAUUUUGUGAGCGUAAUGGAGGAACUUGAACUCAUAGGAGAAGAAGAAGAAGAAGUUAAGCCAUGUUCGGUGGAGAAUCUAUGCAGGAAGGAGAAGAGGAAAGCGUUGAAGAAGAUUAAACGGAAGCAAUUAAGAAAAGAGUUGGCGCUAAAAAGGCUACAGGAAGAGGAGGUUCGGUUGAACGACCCUGAAGAGCAGAGAAGGAUUCAGUUGAUGGAGCUGGAGGAGGAGGAGAGGUCGGAGAGGGAGAGGAAGCUCUUUGAGGAGCGUGAAAGGGCUUGGAUGGAAGCUAUGGAGUUGAAGAAGAAGAAGAUGGCUGAGGAGGAAGAAGAAGAGCAGCAAAGGAGAGCGCUGGAAGAAGAAUCGACGCCGCGGGAGGCUGAAAAUGAAAACGAGUUUAAUGAGGAAGAUGGUUGGGAAUACAUAGAAGGGCCUGCAGAAAUCAUUUGGAAAGGAGAAGAGAUAAUUUUGAAGAAGAAACUAAUCAAGGUUCCUAAGAAGAGUGUUGAACCUGAGAAAAGCUUUGAGGAUGCUCAUAGACCUACAUCAAAUCCUCUUCCUCCACAAUCUGAAGCUUUUACAGAUUAUAAGAAUACUCCCAUUUCAACUAAACAAGUGAUUGAGGAUGUUGCAAGCCAAGUGCCAAACUUUGGAACGGAACAGGAUAAAUCACAUUGUCCGUUCCAUCUUAAAACUGGAGCUUGUCGAUUUGGUCAACGUUGUAGCAGAAUUCACUUCUACCCUGAAAAAUCGUGUACAUUGCUUAUCAAGAACAUGUAUAAUGGUCCAGGCCUUGCUUGGGAGCAAGACGAGGGGCUGGAGUUUACAGAUGAGGAAGUUGAACGCUGCUAUGAAGAAUUUUAUGACGAUGUGCAUACUGAGUUUUUGAAGUACGGGGAAAUUGUUAAUUUCAAGGUCUCCUGCAUUUGGUACCUUGUUUGUAUGGUUUAUGUGUGUAAAAAUGGUUCUUUUCACUUAAGGGGGAACCUUUAUGUGCACUAUAAGUCAGUGGAUUCAGCUGUGCUUGCUUAUAAUGCCAACAAUGGCCGUUUCUAUGCAGGGAAACAGAUAAUAUGUGAAUUCAUAAAUGUUACCAGAUGGAAGAUCGCUAUAUGUGGGGAAUUUAUGAAGACAAGGUACAAGACAUGUUCUCAUGGAACCGCUUGUAAUUUCAUUCAUUGUUUUCGAAAUCCUGGUGGGGAUUAUGAAUGGGCUGACAGUGACAAAUCACCCCCACGAUAUUGGUUGAAAAAGAUGACUUCUCUGUUUGGUUAUUUAGAUGAAUAUGAGAAUGAAACACAUUCAGAGCUUGAACACUGGAACAAGUUUGGAAAAUCUAGCAAGUCAAUGACAAUAGAUGUCGACAGUUAUCGUUCAAGAAGAUCUAAAUCUAGAAGUCUGGAUCAUGGCUCUAGAAGAAGUGACAACAACGAAAAUGACUAUAGAUGGAUCAGGCACUCUCGUAGGGAAAAAGUUCAUGAGAAGCAGCAAAGUUUGGACAAAGAGGAAUAUGAGAAGAAAAAAUAUGACCAACAGAAAAAAAACAGAUCUAAUGAUACAGAUUCUGAUGAAUCUGUGGAUAAGUUUGGAGAGAGAAGCAAAGAUAGAAAUCGUAGUAGGGAGAAGGAAAAGUAUGAUCGAUGGCGAAAAAACAGAUCUAAUGAUACAGAUUCUGACGAAUCAGUGGAUGAGUUUGAAGAGAGAAGCAAAGAUAGAGACCGUAGUAGGAGAUCAUCAAGACGGCCUAGAAAGCAGGAGAGCAACUGGAAAACUGAUGGUCGAAAUGUAGAUCGUGAUGACAAUAAGAAUGCAGCAAAUGAAACUGAUGAAGACUGGUCAAGUGGUGAUGGGGACAAAGAUGGACAUCAACACAAAAGAAGGAAAAGCAAUAGUCGUGCUUCUGAGACUUCUAGAAGCACAGAUGUUUAUCCAAGCAACAGCGUAAUUAAGGAUCGUGAUACACAUGAAGUUUCUUCUGAAAGAAACAAGGAAAGGCGUCUUACAUAUGGUGGGAAACCCAAGAAACACUGGGAUGAGGUUACCAAAGACUCAGACGACCAUUUGGAAAAGAAGUCUAACUUGAAGACUGAUUACGAAAGCAAGAAGCCCAGCGCCGGAAAGUCCAGUAGUCAUUACUUUGAAUCAAGUUCUAGGGACGUGAACACAGAGGACGGUUACAGCAUUGAUUCCUUACAUAAUGAUGUAUUAGAUGAGCGUUGGGAGCCGUCUUUUUCAGAUAGAUGUAUUGAGAGAUUCAAACCAUUGGAUCCUGACAAAGAACAUUGUAACGAGCACAGCGACAAGGAAGGGCGAUGGGAUCCUGAAAGAAGUUAUGAUAAAUUUGAGAAAUGUAGGGAGACUGCAAGUGCCAUGUGCUGUGAAUCUGGCAGCUCUGUUUCCCAAAUUGAAAGAAGUAAAUCAGAUGUUCUAGGUGCAUUGAAUAAUCCUGUUCACAAAGUUAACAAGCGAAAUCGUAGGAAACUUGGAAGUAAUAAUUCAUAUGAACACCAAAAAUCUCGAAGAAAGUCUUCUCGGCACGACGAUGAUCAGGAUUUCAGUGAUUUAAAAUCUGAGAAAACGAAUUCUGAGGAUGGUUAUCUUCCUAAAAGUCAUGACAAAGAGGCACAGACAUGGCCAAGAGGAGGAAACCACUAGGAAAAAUUCCAUGUGAUCAAUUAGGACCUUUCAUGUCAUACAACAUAUGUUUACAAAAGCAUGAACAUAUUUGGAUAGAAGUUGAUUGUAUCUCGCACAAGGCUCACAAAAGAAUUCAACUUGAAAUGCUGGCUAUUAUCUAUAUGCUUAUUGUAAAAAACAGAACUUGCUUCAGCAUUUUCUUGAAAAGAACUGAAGAACUGUUGGGAUAUGUUCACUUAGAAAUUAUAAUCAGGAAUUGUUGAUUCAAAUGACAUAGAAAAGGAUGAUGAAGAGAAUUAUGGAACUUGAACCAGGCUUUUGUUUGCCCUUUUCAUAUUGUCAAGUGUUUGUUAAAAGUCCAUAUUUUCCCUA